AUGCUCGGGCAGAAAGGCAUGCGACGGCGCGGGUUUCGCCUCAUGAUAGUGUCGUUCAUUCUCACAAUCUCUUUUAUGCUGUAUCUGAACAAAUUUCAAUAUUCGAUAGCAUCGUUUUCUUCUUCAUCCAUCAUUGCCCACGGGCCCAGUCCAAUAUGCCCCAAACUUUUCAUGUCCGACAAUGUCGCCGUUGUUCUCAGAACUGGCGCGACGGAAUCCCAGGAAAAACUUCCCGUGCAUUUCGAUACUGUCAUGUCCUGUGUUUCGGAUUUCAUUGUAUACUCGGACUACAACGAGACUAUUCAGGGAUGUCAGACGCACGACGUACUGUCCGAUGUGGAUGAUACCAUCAAGGAUACAGCGACAGAGUUUGCGCUGUACAAGCAUCUACACACCCACGGGAGGGAGGGAUUAUCCUACAAGACCAUGUAUGGGAGUGGACCAUCGGGCGCCGAAGAAAACGCAGGUUGGAAACUUGACAAGUGGAAAUUUCUUCCCAUGGUGGACCGCGCACUUCAAGACCGACCCAAUGCGACCUGGUUUGUCUUCAUUGAGGGAGACACAUAUAUGUUGUGGCAAAACAUGCUAGCAUAUCUUGCCAAGUUUGAUGCAGCGGAGCCACACUAUCUCGGAAAGCACAUGUAUAUAAACAAUAUUCUGUUUGGCCAUGGUGGCUCCGGCUUUGUGCUAUCCAGGAGAGCGGCGGAAAAGGUGUCGCAUCACUGGAGGCAACACUUGAACGAGUACAAUCAGCUCACCCAGAAGGAGUGGGCAGGCGAUGCUAUUCUAGGAAAGGCACUGAAAGACGCGGGCGUCGACAUGUUCUGGGCCUUUCCUCACCUUCAAGGCGACAGCUUGACAACGAUAGAUUGGAAUGUCACAAAGCUCGAGAGAGAGCCCUGGUGCUAUGCACCAACGACCUUUCACCACAUGAAUGAGGCCGAGUUCAGGCAGUUGUGGCAUUUUGAACGACAGUGGUUGGCGAAAUGGGGACCCGGAGGCGGGCCAGCUCCCCGUUUUCGCGACAUAUUCAAGGGGCUAGUGCUGCCAAAGCUCCGGCCCGAAAUCAAAGACUGGGACAACUUAUCGAGUGGCAGAGAAUACAGCGACGCUGUCCUAGCGAAUUGGUCCGACGAGCAGAAGACUUCGUUGCAUCAGAGUGAACGAGAAGCGCAUUUCUCGUUUCAGCACUGUCGAUCCGCCUGUGAAAGCAAACCCACUUGCCUUCAAUUCUCAUUCAAUAACGGAGUUUGCUUCACUUCAGACGAGCUGAAACUGGGCCAUGCUGUGGAUAGCAGCUGCCUGGAGUACUCAAAUGCGGCAGGAAAGUGCACCAAGAGUAGCAAAGCAAAGGUUGAUGCAACAGCCCCAGGAAAGGCUGGUAUCGCAUCUGGUUGGAUCAUGAGUAGAGUUGCCAAAUAUGUCAGUGAUCUAGACCAAUCGUGUCAGAACAAAGGCGAAAAGGACUGGGUAAUAUGA